AUGGGUAUUGGCAGCUACUUCAAGGCGGAUGUUCCGCCUCCCAUGUCCGUGGGGCCGGUCCCCAGAAGGCCCAGUCACCGGCCUUCGGUCUCUCUUCAUGCACCCAUCGAGGAGAAGAUUUCUCCCGCGGCUGCCGUGGAGCUACACUCCGCAGCUGGACCCAAGUUCACAGCAGGCCCUCCAUCUAUUGCAGUUUCAAGCAAAUCAGGCAACAGUAAUCUUCUCGAUGACAUAAAACACGAGGUCAUGGUCAAUUAUCUGUACCAGCAACAGUGCUCUCAACUCUGGGUCGGAGAUGGUUCCGGUGAAAUCGAAGGUGUUCUUCUUCGCAAAUCUCGUGGCCAGUAUAUGGCCUGCCCACCUCAGCUGGGACAAUCUCCAUUCGCUAUCGCCUGCACAGCACUCAAUGUCCAGUGUGCGAUGACGGUUAACUCCCGUGUCAUCAAGACCUUCCUUCAAUGGUCUCCCGACGCCGUCGAUGUUCCACUUAUGAACGGGCUUCGUGUACAGAUUCUACCUACAGUCAAUGAUUUACCGCGAGCUCGCAAACAUCAGUUUGCGGCUUUCAUUGCUUCAGAUGGGCUUCUAGUGGUCUGGGAUGACGAUGCCCUUAACUUGAUGGCUCGUGCUAAAAUCAUCGAAUCAGAGCUCAUGGAGCUUGUAUGGAACUCGGGUCAAGCAAUAGACGAGGACGAGAAGGAUUCCGCCACCGAGGUUGAGUACGAGAUUGAUGAGGAGAGCGGCGAGAUCAAGCCUGAGGCUCGACCAGUCCAUCUGCAAAAUGCUGUCCUUGUGUCUCUCACUCUCCUCAUCGUCAUGGCCUCUCUUGGUGCCGCCUGGAGACAGCUCGCCGUCGAGAUAGCUAUUGAUGGUGACUACAAGCGCCUUGGCCUCGUUGCACUUUCCCCCAUCCAAGUCUUUUUCUCUCUUUUCUUUGCUCAAGUUAUCGUUGGUUGUUUGGCACAGAUCUUCGGCCCCAUCCGCCAAUUAACCAUCAACUCCAAGUUCUAUUCGGCUCGUCCACCUCGAAGACUCCAGGGUGCCACUCUGCCUCACAUCAGUAUUCAAUGCCCCGUCUACAAGGAGGGUUUGAACGCUGUUAUUCUACCUACCGUCAAAUCCAUCAAACAAGCCAUGUCAACCUAUGAACUCCAGGGUGGUUCUGCCAACAUGUUCAUCAACGACGAUGGCCUUCAGCUCGUCAGUGAGGAAGAGCGUGACGCCCGUAUCGACUUCUAUGCCGAUAACAGCAUCGGAUGGGUUGCACGACCUAAGCAUGGUGAGGAUGGCUUUGUAAGAAAGGGCAAGUUCAAGAAGGCUUCAAACAUGAACUUUGGCCUCAUGAUUUCUUGCAAGGUUGAAGAGCGCUUACAGCUUCUCCAGCGCCCUGCCGACUGGAGCCAGGCCGAUGAGGCUCUUGCUUACGAGCAGGCUCUCAAGGAUGUUCUUGAGGAGAACGGCCGAGCCUGGGCUGAUGGAAACAUCCGUGUUGGCGACUAUAUUCUCCUCAUUGACUCUGAUACCCGUGUACCAACUGAUUGUCUUCUUGACUCAGUCUCCGAGAUGGAGCAGUCACCUGAAGUUGGUAUCAUGCAGUUCUCGUCUGGUGUCAUGCAAGUUGUACACACCUAUUUCGAGAACGGUAUCACUUUCUUUACUGAUCUUAUCUACACUGCCAUUCGCUUCACGGUUUCCAACGGUGAUGUUGCCCCCUUUGUCGGACACAACGCUAUCCUUCGCUGGUCUGCUAUUCAACAAGUCGCUUACCAAGACGAGGAUGGUUAUGACAAAUUCUGGUCCGAGAGUCACGUCUCUGAGGAUUUCGACAUGUCUCUUCGUCUGCAGUGCAGUGGCUAUAUCAUCCGACUUUCAGCUUGGGCUGGUGAUGGCUUCAAGGAGGGUGUGUCAUUGACCGUGUACGAUGAGCUUGCUCGAUGGGAAAAGUAUGCUUUUGGCUGCAACGAGCUGCUAUUCAACCCCAUUCGCACUUGGCUUUGGCGCGGCCCUUUUACUCCCCUCUUUCGUCGUUUCCUCUUUUCCAACAUUCGUUUCACUUCCAAGGUCACCAUCCUUUCGUACAUCGGCACCUAUUAUGCUAUCGGGGCUGCCUGGAUUAUGACUACUGCCAAUUAUUUCUUGAUGGGUUGGUUCAACGGAUAUCUCGACAAAUAUUACCUUGACUCAUGGCAGGUGUGGUUCUCCAUCAUCCUUGUUUUCAACGGUCUGGGUAACCUUGCACUUGCCAUCAUGCGAUACCGCUCAGGUGAGCGUACUUUGGGUUAUGCUCUUUAUGAGAACUUUAAGUGGACUCUCAUGUUGGCUCUUUUCCUCGGUGGUCUUUCUCUGCACGUCAGCCAGGCUUUGUUGGCACAUAUGUUCGAGAUUGAUAUGAGUUGGGGCUCCACCUCCAAGGAGGCCGAGUUCUCCAACUUUUUCAUCGAAGUUCCCAAGGUCUUGAAGAAGUUCCGAGUCUCUAUGACGUUGUCUUUACUGGCCAUUGUGGGCCUGAUCAUCAUGGCCACUGCGGACUUUAUUCCUCACGAUUGGCAAAUCAAUGACUUUGUCGCAAUUCUGCCCAUGGCUACUGUAGCUGGAAGCCAUCUCCUGUUGCCAUUGGCACUCAACCCUGCCCUGAUGACCUUCUCUUGGUAA